AUGGAUGUAUACCAAGCUCGCUCCAAAAGAGCUAGAUCACAGUCCUCUUCUUCCUCUUCUUCCGGCUCUUCUUCCUCUCGAGGUGAAUUAAAAUCAACGUACCAAACGCCUUCACCUCCUCCACCGAAAUUUCAUAAAGGUCACUCAUCAUUCAAUGAAGAGACUAAACCGUUUCUAUGCAUGUUACCUCCAACAUGUUCUCAGCCGGGUACGUCGACGUCAUACUCUAGUCAAGAAGAGCUGGAUAGACAUCAAAAUACGUUCCAUAAGUGGAUAUGUCAUGUUCCGAUACGCGAUAGGGAAUUCGCUUCGCCAGAUGAGCAGGUGCCAGAAGGUUUUAUAGGUGGAAGGAUGAAUAAAGGGAAAAGGAAGAAAGAGUGUUUAAAAGUUUUUCCUGAUGAGAGAUUAUUGGAAAUACAUCAUACGGAAGUGCAUGAUCCCAUAACUAGACAGAAGAAGGAUAAUGGACAAAGAAUCUUUGAAUGUUUCCUUGACCCCAGUCAGUGCGGUAGGAAAUUCAAAGAUCCGAAGAAGCGGAGAAGACAUAUGGUAGAUAAGCAUCACUACCCUUCAAACUAUUUCUUCGGUAUAACCAAUCAUGGUAUCAACGCAAUCGUCCAGGAAGAUGGUCUAGCGAUGAGUCUCAUACGACCUCGACGUGAUCCAACUUCAUAUACAGACACAUCACAAAACCAUCCGAAUGGUCACACAGCGUCCACGUCGCUCGAUAAUGACCAUCAUUCCAUCACAAGGGAUGACAAAGCACAAGAAGUCGAUAUGGAUGAUCUCACUUCAAUCAUGGAGAGUAGCUUGACCUUCAUCCCUAGAGGCGUAAGGAAGGCUGCUAAAGCUAAAGAGAAAAUUAUGGAGGUAGAAACGGGCGCUUGA